AUGCUCGCCGUCUUCUUCGACAUUGACAACUGCCUCUACUCGGCCAGCUCAUCCAUCUCACAGCUCAUGAUGAAGCGCAUCAGAACAUACUUUAUCGAGCUCGGCCACACGGAGGAAGAGGCAGAACGACUGCACAGUGCAUACUAUCGCCAGUACGGCCUCGCUAUUCGCGGACUCGUCAAGCACCACGAGAUCGAUCCCAUGGACUUUAAUGAACGAUGCGACGCCUCUCUCCCUCUCGAGGAUCUCCUCAAGCCAGAUCCAGCCAUCAGGCAGCUCUUAAUGGACAUUGAUCGAUCAAAGGUCAAAGUAUGGGCAGCAACAAACGCAUACAUCUCGCAUGCGGAACGAGUCCUCAAGAUUCUAAACCUGCGAGACUUGAUCGAAGAUAUUGUAUUCUGUGACUACCAAGAUCCAGCCUUCACAUGCAAACCAGAACCAGAAUACUAUGAGAUGGCAAUGACCAAAAUCGGCCUCUCACCAGACGACCCCGCCGACCGUGCAAAGUGCUUCUUCAUCGACGACUCUCUCUCAAACGUGCGCGCCGCAAAGACUAUUGGUUGGGGAUCAUGCGUAUGGUUCCGUGAGCAGCUCUCCCCAGAAGCACGUGCGCACCUCGUCAGCGGCGACGAAGCCGCUACCCAAAGCGCACUCCGAGCCCCAUCGGGAUCAUACGCGGAGCAACUAAAGCAGAGCUUGGAAGCUGGAGACGGUGCAGAGACAGAGGGUGUCGAUGCGGUCAUUUCGAAUUUGCAUCAGUUGCGCAACAUAUGGCCACAGAUAUUCAAGGAUCCAUCAAAUUCAAAUACAACGGAAAGAGAACCAAAGGAAGGGUAA